AUGGCAGAGCAGCUCGCUCUGGUGGUGCGCGAGGUGGAACGCCUCGUCACCGCGCCGAUCUUUAUGGCAUCUUUCAGCAGUGUUAGCGCGCUGGGCGAUGUUCUAGUUGAAGCUUUAUCGCGAUCGCGCGUCGCUUUGCCUCUAAUUACUGCAUUUUCAUCUGCAUCGUCAUUUCGAGAUGCGCUGCUCGACCGCCACCAAACGAUCCUAGAUGCGUUUCUCCAGAAGGCCCUGGGAACCAAUGAGCAUGAGUACAUCCCCGCAUGCAUUGCGUUGCUAUCUUCACCCCUGCCAGCAGAUGUAGUGCCACCAGCACGGAUUGCCCCCUUCAUCGCGAAGCUUGUGGGCAUGAUGUCAGACAGUCCCUGCAUUGACACAAUCUCGCCUCUCUACAAAAUAAUGAAGGGGCUACAACGUUCACCAAAAGUCCUCGACGACAUUCCGUCUGAGGUCAUGUCCAAUCUCCAAGUGGAAUUCACCAAGACCCUACGCAAUUUCGAUGACCACAUGGGCAAUCUCUUGUGCCUUGGAACCUUUGCUCAGAUUGCAUUAGCACGACCACCACCCUCCCAAAAUCAACACGGAUCAGAAGCUCCAUCUUGGCUUCUCAACAUCAACCAUUUCUUCGGCCCGAAACGUGGUCUGAAAACUCUGGACUUGGUUGUACUACGUGUCAUUCUGGCUUGCUCGUCUAGCUGCAAUUUGGCACCAUCGCAAGCUGCUGAAAGUAUCAAGCUGGCUAUCUACAUCGCUGAUGCAACUCAGCUUGAUCAGAAACAUGCUUGGAUGGCUAGUAAUUCUUCCAAGCUUGCCAAGCUGUGUGAGAAGGCUGGGAGAGAUGGGCUUGAUAAUGCAACACGGACAAUGGUUAUCAUCUUUCUGCUUACUCUCGUUCCGGCAAGGUCACUGCCACCACAAGUGCGAGACUCUGGCUUGAAGACCCUUUUUUCCAAAGACAGCCAGGCAGUUCUAGAGAGUGUGCCCCCGCAGUUUAUCUCACGCCUCUCAAAAUCGUUAGCUGCAAGUACAAGAGUCCUAAUACUUAUGCAAAUUCUGACACAACACCAACAGGUCUCCGGAGGGUCGGCUGCUCCUGACCUUUUGAACUUCACGUGCUCCACUCUAAAGGACAGUCAGAACCGUAAUCAGAAAACAGUCAGCACGCUGCGCCUGGCAAGCCUGGUGCUGGUUGGCGUACAGGAAGUUGAUCCCGAGGUGAUGCUUUCCAAUAUUUCCAGCUCACUGGCGGCCUUCAAACAGGGUCUUGCGGAAAUGCUUGAGAGCUUCCCAAGGAGACCAAGCAAAGAUAACUGCACUUUACAAUUCUGUCUCUUCGGCGCAAAAUGGAGGGGGAGCAAAAAAGAGCUACCUGAAUCCCUGCCCCUGCUCGACAGAAACCGGUUCUCACCUCCUCGUGUUUCUCGCAAUUGGCGCCAGGAUAUGACAUCAGCGUUCAUGGAGACUUCUCGAAACACUCAGGUGACUAUGAUGCAAAAGAUCGAAGAUGCAUGCUUCGAGCUGGAGCGUCGCUGCUUCGACGUAGAAGGACCUGUCCGAGCUGCCGAGGAACAAAGAGAUCAAUUUGCCGAGGAAAGUCGUCAGCUGAAAGAACAUAUUGAACAACAGGAACUCCGUCUGAGCGAAUUCUCAGAAUCUUUUGCCGGUCUUCAUGACGAGAAUGCUCGCCUCGAGGAGCAAAUGCAAAAUGAAUCCGCACGAGCUGAGCAGCUUUCGAAGUCUCUUGCUUCUGUAAAGGAGGAGCUUCAAGGACAGCAGUGGCACUCUGAGAAAGCAAUUUGUGUCGAAAGGGAGCAGUCUCGAUCCAAGGAGUUGGAAAUGAUGGCUGCUCUGACUGAGAAAGAUGAUCAAAUUGAAGAUCUCCAGGAGGAAAUGCGCCGCUUGCAAACCGAGAAUGAACGAACACGCCAGACUCUCGAUCUAGUAACUAAGGAAAAAGAUGCUUCCCUGGAUACGUCUGGGUAUUUGAAAGAGGAGCUUGCUGUUAUGAGGGAUGCUUUGGAACAAAGUAGGCUUCUGGCUGUCCGGAAGGAGGAUGAAGUCAAGCGCCUUUUGGCUGAGGAAGAUGAUCUCCGAAUGGAAGUGGGGACUCUGAAAACCACAGUGGACGAACAAAACACCGAAGUUGAAAGACUUAUUUUUGUGCUGCAAGAAUCCGAGAAAAAGAUGAGCAGUGAGGUUGAAAAGCUCAAACAUGAUCAUGAAGCGGAGGCUUCGAGGGCCACGUCCGAGACGGCCAAGCAGGAAGAAGAGAUCCGGCAGUUGCAAGCCGCUAUGCAUGCUGCCACUUUGGAUGCUUCUAAGAAUGCCCAGUCCAAGGACAAACGUAUCCUGCAUUUGGAGAAAAAGAUACAAGCUUUGCGUGAUGAGCGCGCCGCCAAGGCUCGCGAGUUCUCCGAAGCACAACAGCAUAUCGGGCGGCUCAUGGGAGUGAUGGGGUUUUCGACCAAUGCACCUGGAUCCACCAGUCCCAAACACCGGCGGACUAGGUCCAGCAUCAACCCGGCCCAGGCUGCAAGUACCCAGCAGCCAGUCAGUGAUGACGAAGAUACACAGCUAGUACAGUCGUUUGAGUCUUUGGCAUCCUUCAAUGGACCCACACCCAAACGACCAAGAGGAAACCGUCUACCUCAGGCUCUGAGUACUCCAUCUGCAGUACCUCGGGCAAGGGUCCAAUCUCCUACCAAAGGACUGCCCCAAUGUACCCGGCAGCCAUUAGCAACUGCCAAUAACAUUAGCCCGGCUAAACCCCAUGCGAGCAAUCUAUCCAAACACAGCGAAGUUGAUGCUUCGUUCCAGGAAGGCCAGGCAGAGGAGAAUAUUGGAGGGCACAGAUUGCAGGACUUUGACUUGGAUAUGGACCUUGAGUUUUCGAAGGAUUUGCUCUUCUCAAGUACUGCAUUUACGGGGUCUAAUGACCAGGUCGUGCCAUAG